GUGGGUGGCAGCGGCAGCAGAGGUGACCCCCAGGCCCCCGUCCGGGCUCCCCGUCCCCACAGGCAUGCCUUGUGGGGCUGGGCAGCGCCCAUGGCUUUCCUGUCCAGGCUCUACAGGCCCAGCAGCAGGUCCCCGAGCCGCGCCCCGCGGGACGAGCGCGGGAGCCACCCCAUCCUCAGCGUCUUCGAGCUGGAGCGGCUGCUGUACACGGGCAAGACGGCCUGCAACCACGCCGACGAGGUGUGGCCAGGCCUCUACCUGGGAGACCAAGACAUCGCGUCCAACCGCCGGGAGCUGCUGCAGCUGCGCAUCACCCACGUGCUGAACGCCUCGCACUGCCGCUGGCGUGGCGGCGCCGACUACUACGAGGGCACGGGCAUCCGCUACCUGGGCAUCGAGGCCCACGACUCGCCCUCGUUCGACAUGAGCCCCUACUUCUACCCCGCCGCUGACUUCAUCCACCAGGCCCUCAACGAAGGGAGGAUCCUCGUGCACUGUGCCGUCGGGGUCAGCAGGUCGGCCACCCUGGUCCUCGCCUACCUCAUGAUCCGCCACCACAUGCCCCUGGUGGAAGCCAUAAAGACGGUCAAGGACCACCGCGGGAUCAUCCCCAACCGCGGCUUCCUGCGCCAGCUGGUGGCCCUGGACAACGCCCUGCGGCUCAAGAGGAGCUCCUGAGGGGCUGGCACCGUGUGAGCUCUGCCUGUGGGCUCACCUGCAGCCCCCCGCCCCAGCUCAGGGGGUCCCCCGUGGUCCAGCCCAGACCCUCCACGUGCAGUUGUGCCACCCGGGAGGCCUGGCCAUGGCCUCCUUCCCAGCCCGCUCGCUCCCCGCCGCCUCCGGAGGGACUCGGCCCCACCUCACCGGUUGCUCCAUCCCUGUGGCCUCCAGGGAGCCUCCAAGGCUUUGUCGUCCCCCCUGGCAUUUGUGUCCCUCGCUGCCAGGACGGCUCUGCGCGUCCCGUGUCGUGUGUCCCGUGUGUUUGUGGUGAUGUCAGGUGUGGUGUGUGGGCUCAGGCCAGCUCCUGCCGCGCUGUUCGGCUGCUCUCCGCGCCUCGUGCCGCCCUGUGGAAAUAAAGGCAGUGCUAAGGAA